CAGCGUUGUGCAUUUGAAACUGUCCUCAUUGAACAUGCAACAAAUAUUCCCGAAACAACUUUCAACAAUGUCUUCGGUUGUUCAGAGUGUAGAAGACUUGACUCUAAAAGGAUGUACUAAUUUGAAAUAUCUAUUUACAUCCUCAACGAUCAAAAGUUUUGUGGAUCUCAAAUUUCUUAUAAUUCGUGAUUGUACACUGAUGAAGGAGGUAAUAGUAACAGAGGGAUUAGUAGAAGAAGAAAGGAUUUUGUUCCCAAAACUUGAACACCUACAACUUGAAGGCCUUCUCAAACUCAAAAGAUUCUGCUCUGGAUAUUACUUGGUGUUCCCCUUCCUGACAGAACUUGUGAUCGACAACUGCCCUUUGUUGGAGACGUUCAUCUCCAAUUCUAUUGCUAGCAACCAGAAGGCCAAUGAAAGAGUAGAAGAAAAGAAUUUGAAGGAUUACGUCCAUACUUAUACACCGCCUCUCUUCAAUACAAAGGAGAUGAGAGUGAGGGAAAGAUGUCUCCCUCCCCUUGGGAGGCUACAAAACCUAGGCGAGCUGCAGAUAAGUGAUUGUGCUUCGCUAGAAGAAAUAUUUGAACCUCAAGGACUAGAUGCUGAUGAAUCAGAAGCACAAAUAAUUGCUCAAUCGGCUUUGGUGGAAACAACCCCUAAUUUUGUAUUUCCAAAAGUAACAUCUUUGGAUCUUCGGUGGCUACCCAAUCUCAAGAGUUUCUAUACUCAAAUACAUACUACAGAAUGGCCAUCAUUGAAAAAAUUGGAUAUGGGUGGAUGUGAUAAAGUGCAGAUACUAGCUUCAGAAAUUCUGAGAACAAGUGGAAAGAACCAACUUGAAAUCCAAAUUGAACGCCCUCUGUUCUGGGUCAGUAAGGCUACAUUUCCCAAUCUAGAAGAACUGAUAGUGGAAAAGAAUGAUGACCUGAAAGAGAUAUGGCAUGGUGAUGAUGAUGUCAAGAAUGACAUUAUUUUUACCAAACUGAAGUCUUUGCAACUUAAAUGUCUUCCAAGACUAGUAAGCUUCUGCUCAGGGAAUUGCAACUUUGAAUUCUCGUCUUUGGAAGAUGUAAUUGUGAUGGGGUGUCCAAAUAUGAUGACUUUCUCUGGGGGAGAAGUAAGUACACCUAACCUGCAGAAAGUAAAAUUCACAGAAGAUGAAGGUGUAGAAUGUUGGGAAGAUGAAGUUGUAGAAUGUUGGGAAGGUGGCCUUAACCGUACAAUACAACAAUUGUUUGCGGAAAAGGUUGGAUAUGCUGUGGUAGAGCAUCUGACACUCUCGCAGUUUCUUGAGUUGAUGGGAAUAAGGAGCAAGAAACCUCAAGAGAUCUUGAAUUUCAAAUGGCUUUGCUCUCUAGAAAUUUGUAAUUGUGGUAACUUGAGAUACUUGUUAACUCUUUCCAUGGCAUUGAGCCUUGUUUCUCUCAAAAAGAUGAAAGUACAAAACUGUGAAUUGUUGGAGCAAGUCAUCUCAGAAGAAGGGGCCAACUUGAAGGACGGCAUUGUUUUCACCAAACUAAAGUCUUUGGAACUUAAAGGUUUACCGAGACUUGAAGGCUUCUGUUUGGGCAAUUGCAACUUUGAAUUCACAUCUUUGGAAGAUUUAAUUGUGAUGGCAUGUCCAUAUAUGAUGACUUUCUCUGGGGGAGAAGUAAGUACACCAAAACUGCAUAAAGUGAAAUUAAUAGGAGAUGAUGAAGAUGAAGGAUGUUGGGAAGGUGGUCUUAACCCUACAAUACAGCUUUUGUUCACAAAAAAGAGUGUUGUUGACUCUAAAGAAGACUGAAAUUUAUGCUUUAUAAAAGCUAGUGUUGGUUUGAUCUUCAAUAUGGUCAUAUGGCUCUGGAUUUUAGUGACUACAAGCUGCAAAUUUCCUUGGCACCUAUAAUAUUAUUUAGAUUUCUAAAACUAGUCUUCAGAGUUUUUGAACUCCUUGUGUGACUUUGUCUUGUUAAUAUUUAAUUUCAUGUCCUGGUUUGGUAUUGUGGUGUUAAGGACAAUAUUUAAACCUUGCGUUAUCAGAAUAUAUGUAUCUUAGUACAAAAAAUGUGGUGUGUCUAAACUUUGGUACUGUAGCCUCUAGACAUUUUUUUUUU